UAUGCAUUUUGCGGGGAACUUUAUAGUAACAAUACAAGUGGAAGAAUUCCAACUGAUCUUGGGAACUUAACAAACUUGGUGAGCUUGGAUCUUUAUUUAAACAGUUUAACUGGUCCCAUCCCGGUGACCCUGGGCCAGCUUCAAAGAUUACGCUUCCUGAGGCUUAACAAUAAUAGUUUGACUGGAACUAUUCCUAUGUCUCUGACGACUGUCAUUUCACUUCAAGUCCUUGAUCUGUCAAAUAACGAUUUGUCAGGGACGGUUCCAGUCAAUGGCUCCUUUCAACUUUUCACUCCUAUCAGUUUCAACAAUAAUCCUAAACUGAUAGCUCCUCCCGUAUCUCCACCACCUCCACUUCCACCGACGAGUCCAUCUUCAUCAUGAGGUUCGUCAAUUCUUCACCAUCUCCAUUUUUCGAAAUAUUUUAUUUUUCUUGCACAUCACAUGGCAAUAGCAUAUUAAGAAGAUAAGCCUUGCUUGUAUGAUCUAGUAAAUAUGA